ACAUACCACACAGUAUAUCGGCCGGGCCGCGCACAGGUGCGUCGCGUUCCGAGGACCCACGCGCGCGCAGGAUCUCGUUCUCUCUCUCUCCACCUCCGCCGAGCGGCCACGCCCCGCCGCGCCCAUCCCCAGAGGGGCCGAGAGUGUCGCAAGAGUGAUUAUAUAGAAGAGUCGGAGGCCGUCGUAUUCAUGCGCGGGGAUGUGCGAGGCCGACGUGUGACGGCCGCGACAAGUGUGACGAGAGGUGUGACGAGGAGCAGCCCGGUGAUGGCGCCCCUCGUGCGGACGCUUGUGCUCGUGGCGAUGCUGCUGGUGGCGGCCGGCGCCUCUGAUCAGGCGGCCAAGGACGGCAAGGUGGUGCACAAGGACGGUCCGGCCGUGCCCGCCUCCCCAGGCCUCGGCGCGGGCUCGAGGUCGGCGUCGUCGCUCGCCGCGUCCGAGGCCGAGUCCCUGCUCGCCGCCGCGGUCCCCGCCCAGAACAGCAAGCCCGCCCCGCUCAGGAUGGGCACCUUGGCGGGGACGACGCGCAACGACGAGAAGGGCCGCUUCUUCGGCGCCGUGAUGGGCUUGAACGGCGCCAAGACCACCAGGGUGCCGGGCAGCUCGGGGCAGCUGCGCGUCAGCAAGCAGCGCGACCGCGAGGAGCUGGACUACCGCUACUACUGGGGCAACACGGGCGCCAGAGUCGAGGGUUACGACGGCUACGACAACGGCGGCGGCACCACCUACGGCCAGGUCGACGUGGACGACCUGGCCAACAGUCAGUGCGGCCCCCCGUCGUACAAGAGCACCUCGCAGAACCCACAGGGCGCCUUCACGCUCACGCCCGACCAGCUGGCCAAGAUCCGCUCCAAGUUCAUGUACUGGUACUUUGACAAGUGCGGCGACGACGGCCACGGCGACUUCCAGAAGGACAUGCACUCGUCGAUGUCGCAGCUGCACAAGAACCUCAACUUCCAGCUGCCUUUCUUCGGCUUCCGAUUCAACUACACGAGGCUGUCUCUCAACGGUUACCUCGAGUUCUCUGACCCCCCGGAGCACUACACGUACCCGCUCAGCUUCCCCGUCAAAGAGUGGCCCAACAAGGCCGACCCCGCCUUCAUCGGCAUCUUCUUCAGCAAGUGCCGCAUCGGCUCCAUCCGGCCCGACGAGGUCGACCAGCGCGCACCCGGCGUCUACUUCCGGCUGGAGCGAGACCUCCAGUUCCAGCUGGUCCUCGCAACGGACGAAGUGUACACCUACGCCAUGUUCAACUACCUCAACAUCCAGUGGACCACGCACACGGAGGCGUACGGUGACACGACCACGGGUGAGGGCGGCUCCCCCGCGUAUAUUGGCUUCAAUGGCGGCAACGGCACCCAGAGCUACGAGUACAAGCCGUACUCCCAGUUCACGACGGUGCGCGACCUGAGCAGCAGGGGCUGGGUGAACGGCUUCCCGGGCAGACACAUCUUCCGCAUCGACGAGAAGAUCCUCAGCGGCAACUGCAACAAGGACGUUGCCGGCGCCAACCUCCCGCUGGUGUUCGCCCCGGAGAGCGGCAACAUGCUGGGCGGCACCGUGGUCAACAUCACGGGGCCGUGCUUCGUGCCCGGCGAGAAGGUGCUGUGCCGGUUCGACGACGAGGACGUGUCCGGCACCGUGGUCGACGUCAACCGGGCGCUGUGCGUACAGCCGCGGCUGUGGGCCGACGGCUACGUGCGCUUCGAGAUCUCGACGACCGAGUCGCGCUUCAACUACAAGGGCAAGUUCUUCGUGGAGACGCCGGCCACCGCCACUGAGCGCAUCACCUUCAUGGACCGGUCGGUGCACCAGAAGAGCCCCGCCGAGAUCAAGUUCAAGUGGAACGCGUACAACUUGACGGCCAACACGGCCGCCUCCCUCAGGGUCGCAUUGUACGGCUACAGGGAGCCCACCAUUCACCCCGAGUUGGUGUUCAUCGACGUUCUUGAGGAGGGCGUGCCCAACACUGGGUCCUACAGCAUCUCGCCCGGUGCGUACCGCCAAAGGAACAACCUCAACAUGACAAACAUGCACUUCGGCUUCAUCCAGAUCAGCCUCAUGAAUCCCACCCAGUACUCUGGCCUCUCCGUGUCCCCGACGUUGUGGAGCCGGCCCAUCCCGCUGGCCUGGUACUUCGGGCCGCAGUGGGAGCGCCUGUACGGCGUCAAGUGGCCCGAGGCGCUGUGCAACAACUGGCUCAUGGACGACCGUUACCGCAAGAACUUCGCCGCCGAGGUGGCGCAGUGCCCGUGCACGCUGGAGCAGGCGCUGUCCGACAAGGGCCGCUUCCUGCCGGACUUUGAGUGCGAUCGCGUCGCCAACCCGGAGUGCUUCUACCACAAGGGGGCCGUGCACUGCGUGCGCACGGGCGCGGCCAGCCUGCAGGGCUCGGGCCAGCAGUGCUGCUACGACAAGAACAACUACCUCAUGAUGUCCUACGACCAGAUGUGGGGCUCCCGCCCGCAUCGCUCGCACAACCUCGGCGUGCUGCCCUGGAACGAGGCGAACAAGGUGCCAACACUGUCGCAGUGGUACAAUGAUAUGAUCCCCUUCUACCACUGCUGCAUGUGGCAAGACGAGCAGGCGGUGGGAUGCGAGACGUUCCGUUUCGAGCGCAGGCCAACACAAGACUGCGUGUCUUAUCAGCCUCCGGAAGUGGCGUCCGUGUUUGGAGACCCGCACGUGGUGACCUUCGACAACCUGCAGUACACCUUCAACGGUAAGGGCGAGUUCGUGCUCGUGCACGUCGACACGCAGAAGCAGAAGCUGGACGUGCAGGCGCGCUUCGAGCAGAUGCCGCCCAACCUGUACGGGCCCGUGGCCGCCACGCAGCUCACCUCCAUCGCGGCACAGGACAACUCCUCCACCAUCAUCGAGGUGCGCAUCCGGCCGUCGUACGCGCAGUGGCGGUACCGCCUCGACGUGUUCGCAGACAAUAGGCGGGUGUACUUCGACCGCGAGUCCCUCCGGAUACAGCACUUCCAAGGUGUGACGGUGUACACGCCCACCUACAUUCUCAACCAGUCCGAGGUCAUCAUGAUGUUCCAAUCGGGAGUAGGGGUUGAGGUGGUAGAAAACAACGGAUACAUGUCCGCACGAGUGUACCUACCCUGGACAUACAUUAAUCAAACUAAAGGGUUGUUUGGCAACUGGAGUUUUGACAUGACGGACGACUUUACGCUACCCGAUGGCACGCUGGCUCCGGUGACCAACAAUCUCAACAACUUCGAGAGAGUACAUAAAGAUUUUGCCAUGAAAUGGAUGCUGGAGGACAAGGACGACAAGAACAAAGGAGCCGCCCUCUUCCUCAGAGAAUACGGACGACUUUCGAGUUUCUACGCCAAUAAAACCUUUGUGCCGCAGUUUAAGGCCACGCCAGAGGAUAUCAUCCCAGCAAAUCGGUCGAAAGAUAUCGAGAUGGCAAAGGCCCUGUGCGGGGACUCGUACCCGUGCAUGUACGACUACUCGGUCACACUGAACAGGGACGUAGCCCACUACACGCUGAAGUAUCACGCCGAGGUCGUCAACUUAAAGACAGUGAAUCAUAGAAGAGUGGUUUCAUGCGGCAUCCUGGAGACGCCGCGCUUCGGCCGCAAGAGCACGUUCCUGUUCGUGCCCGGCACGAAGGUGGUGUUCGAGUGUAACCAGAACUUCGUCCUCGUCGGCGACGCCCGUCGGACCUGCCUGCCGGAGGGGCGUUGGGACACCCCUGAAAGCGGAUACACCGAGUGCCUCCGUAUGGUGGAGUACGAGUCGCAAAACACCUGGGUGCCCAUAGGCGCAAUCCUACUCAUCAUCCUCCCCAUCGUAGUCAUAAUCCUAGCCGUGUACAUGCGCUACGUCAAGCGCCAGCGCGAGGCCGGGUCGGCGUCGUCCUGGAAGUUCGACGCCGGCUCCUUCCGCCGGUCGUUCCGGUCGCGCGGCCAGAGGGGCGCCAAGGGCACGACGUCCUCCCUGCUGGGCAAGGCGUCGCCCAACGAGUACGACGGCGACUCGGGCUUUGGGGCGGGCCAGUACAAGCCGGGGGUGGGCGUCGACAGCUCCCCCAGCGACCUGGGGGUGACGCAGGCGCCGCCGCUGCUCGGCGCGUCCGCCACCCCGUCCCCGACCGACUCGCAGGGCAGGCCGGCCAAGCGCGUCCCCGAGAAACUGCCCCUGAAGUACGACGGCGUGUACCACACGAACGAGCCCCUGCCCGGAAAGCCAGACAUUGAGUUCGAGGACAAGGCGUGGGACCUGGACGAGUCACUGCUGUCCUCACCGCCCUCCUCUCCAGCUAACCCCAGCGACACGCGCAGUGGCAGUAUUCAGACCGACAUAUUCUAGAUCAAGAACCACCUUAUUCCACUUAGCGACACUCAUUGGGCUGGCGCCCUUGUCGAGGACGGGAGGGGGAAGGGCAGACACGAAAAGCAAAUCAUUCAGCUUGACUGCCCUGCGGGUGGUACACUUUUUUCUCUCGUUUCGUUGGAAAUUCUUAAGCUAAUCUUGCGAGUCGAUUGCGCGAUAACGAGCCUCCGCCUCCCUCCCAGCCACUGACAAAAAGUCGCCGGCCCAACCCUCGAUAUUUCAUUUCAUUUUGUAUUGUACAAGUUAAGCCAAAGAUGAUGAACAGAUGUAAAACAUCGAUUUUGUAGAUUUAACGUUAACUAAGGUAUGCUGUGCAUCCCAAUACAAUGAUGUUGAGGUGAACAUCACCCAUGACAUAGCGUGCGAUGUGUAAAUAUGUUUG